AUGUUCCGAGUACUUCUUGGUCGGAGCAUUAUCCAAACAUUUUGCAAGCAGCAACGUUUUUGCAGAGUUGAUGAAGGUGUUAUGAAUGGUAAGGAGAUUGAAAUUCAGAAAAAGACACCACGAGGGAAGCUGAAUGAUAAGCUGAAAAUGGAAAAAGAGGAAAAACCUUAUGAUGAUCCAUGUCUCCCAAAACAUCCCGGAGGGGUCAAUCCGAUAACCGGGGAAAUUGGUGGGCCAGCGGGACCGGAACCGACCCGUUUCGGCGAUUGGGAGCGAAAAGGACGUUGUAUUGAUUUCUAA